AUGACAAAUAAUGGAAACAUAAACGAUGAACGAACUGUAAAUGAUGAAGAGAAACGGGAAGAAGGUUCGUUCGCUAUUUUAAAAACAAAAAGGAAAGAAAACACAGAAAUUAUGAAUUAUGCUAAUUAUAACAUAGAUAAUGAUAAUAAUACAAAUUUAUGUUUAAACAAUAUAAUAAAAAAAAAUAAUAAAAGAAUAAUAAUUGAAAAAUUAAUAUUAGAAAAUUUUAAAAGCUAUUCAGGAAUAAAAAUAAUUGGACCAUUUUAUAAAAAAUUUAGUUGUAUUGUUGGACCAAAUGGAAGUGGUAAAAGUAAUAUUAUAGAUGCAAUGCUUUUUGUUUUUGGGCGAAGAGCAAAAAAGAUUCGACAAAAUAAAUUAUCAGAUCUUAUUCAUAAUUCAAAAUAUUCUACAAAUAACGAAUAUACAAAAGUGUCCAUAUAUUUUAAGACAAUUAUAGAUAAGCCCGGCGAAGAAGAUGAAGAAGAUGAAGAAGAUGAAGAAGGCGAUGAAAAUGCCGAGGGUAGGAAUGAUGAUAACGAUGUGAAUGGCGAAUCUAGUCCUCACGAUUUUAUAAUUAGCCGUGAAGCCACGAUAGAUAAUCAAUCAAAAUACAGAAUCGAUGGAAAAGUUGUUACACAAAAAGAUGUGUUUGAUUUGCUUUAUAAAAAGGGAAUAGAUUUGAGUAAUAAUCGUUUUUUAAUAUUGCAAGGAGAAGUAGAACAAAUAGCCCAAAUGAAUCCAAAAGGAAAUAAAAAUGAAGAAGGGUUAUUAGAAUAUUUAGAAGAUAUAAUUGGUACAAAUAAAUAUAUAGAUGAUAUAAAUUCUAGUUUAGAAAAUUUUGAAAAAAGUGAAGAAAUUUAUCAUGAAAAGGUAAACAGAUUAAAACAUGUUUAUAAUGAAUUAAAAGAAUUAUCAUCUCCAAGAAAAGAAGCAAAAUAUUUUAUAGAUUUACAAAAAAAUACAUACAAAUUAAAUAUAAUAAGCUUAAAAAAAGAUAGAUAUGAAUUUGGAAAAAUAAUAUAUAAUAAAGAAAAAGAACAUGAAAAAUAUUUAGAAAUAAAAGAUGGUCAUAAUGUAGAAUAUAAUAAAUUAUUAGAAGAAAGAAAAGAAAUAAAUACUAUUCUUAAUGAUUUAGAAAAUGAAGAAGAUCAACUUAUUAAAAAAAAAAAUAAAACAGAUUCUGAUUUUAAAAAAUUAACACAAAAUGAUGAAAAUAUUAAAAAAGAAUUAAUCACAAUAGUUGAAAAAAUGCAAAGUUUAUAUGUAAAAAGAGAAGAAUUGAAAAAAAAAAAAAUUCCUUUAUAUAAAAAAACUAUAGAUGAAAAACAAAAUAUUCUUACCGAAAUAAAAAAAAAUAAACUUCCAAAAUUAGAACAAGAAGUAGAAAAAUGUGAAGAAGAAUUAGAAAAAUAUAAUGAAGAAAUAAAAAAAGAUAUAGACAAAAUUAAUCAAGUAUAUUCAAAUGAAGAAAAAAAAUUGGCACCAUUACAAAACCGUUAUGAUAGUACAAUCAAAGAUAUAUCAGAAUGUAUAACAAAAUGUAAUAUCAUUGAAAAAAAAAAAAAAGAAUAUAGAAAUCAUGUAGAAAAUUUAGAACAUAUCCAAUCAAAGAUAUUAAAUGAAAUUAAAGAAAAAGACAUCCAAAUAAAACACAUGGUAUCAAUGCAACAAGAAAAAGAAAAUGAACUAGCCAAAAAAGAAAAAGAUCUACAAAAUUUAGAUAAUAAAAUUGAAGAAAUUAACAAAAAUUUAAUAAAUGAAACAGUUACAUAUGAAACAAUAAAAAAGGAACUUGUUACUAAUAAAACAAAUAGUAAAUUACAUGAAUUUGUUUAUAAUUUAAAAAAAAAUAAAAUUAAAGGAAUACAUGGAAUGUUAAACGAUUUAGGAUACAUAGAUAAAAAAUAUGAAAAAGCAUUAUUAAUAGCAGGAAAUAAUUAUUCGGAUCUUGUUGUAGUACAGAAUCCAAAUGAUGCAAUACUUUUAUUUGAAGAAAUUAGAAAAGCAAAUUUAGGACGGAUAAAUGUUUUAUCAUUAUCAAUAUUAGAAAAAAAUUUAAAACCAAUUAUGUUAAAUAAUGAACAAAAUUAUAAACCAAUACUUCCAAAUAUUCAUAGAUUAAUAGAUUUUGUAAAAUUUAAAAAUAAUAUAUAUAAAAUAUGUUUUUAUCAUAUUUUAAAAGAAACCCUUUUAGCAAAUAAUUUGGAUGAAGCACAUAUUAUCGGAUAUACUCAUAAAAAAAGGGUUGUUACAAUAAAUGGUGAAUUAAUUGAAAAUGAUGGUAGAAUUUGUGGAGGAGGUAUUGGAAUGGGUUCUAUUCAUUCUAAACAUGGACCUAGAAGUAGUAUAAAAACAACAGAAUAUGAUGAAUAUGAUUUAAUAAAAAUAGAAAAAUCUAUUAAAGAAAUUAAUAAAAAUGUAGAACAAUUAAAGGUAGAACGAAAUAUUUUACUUUCAGAUAUAAAAAGUGUAAAUUCAUUUAUUGAAGAUAAUGAAUGUAAAAUGGAAAUUGCAAAUAAAAGAAGUGAAAAUUUAAAGAAACAAUUAAAAGAUGUUGAUGAUCAAUUAGAAAAUUCGCAAGUACCAGAACUAACAAAAGAAGAAGAAGAAGAAUUAAAAACACUUAAUGAGCUAAUAGAAAAAAAAAAUAAUGAAAGAGAUAAAAUUGAUAUUUUAUUAAAAGAACAAGAAAAAAAAGUUAAAAAACAUUAUGAUGAAUUACAAAAUGUAGGAGGUGAAAAAAAAAAAAAAUUAAAAUCAAAACUUCUGACUGCCGAAAGACAAUUAAAUUUAAUGAAAGAAGAAUUAGAAAAACAUAAUAGUGAAGAAGUCAAUGCUUUAGCAGAUUUAGAAAAAGGAAAAAAAGAUAUUCUUAAAUUUACUGAAGAAAUUGAAGAAUAUGAAAAAAAUGAAAAAGAAUUAGAACAAGAAUUAAAUAACAUUGAAGCAAAAGGAUGUACUAUAUAUGAAGAAUUAAAUAAUUUGGAACAACUUCUAAAUCAGAUGCAAAUAAAAAUUGAAGAAAAUAAAAAAAAAAAACAAAUAAUAGACGAAAGUAUAUCAAAAAAAGAUUUAGAAAAUGUAGAUAUAUUAUAUAAAAUUGAAAAUAUUGAAAAAGAAAUCAAACAAUAUCUUUCAAAAAAAGAUCAAUACGAAAUUAAAAUUAAAGAAUAUAUGGAUCUAAUUGAUCAAUCUGAUAAACUUAUUUUGGAAAACAUGACUUUUUCUAUAAAAGACAAUACUCAAAAUGAUGAUACUCCUGAAAGUGAAAUUUCUGAUAAUACAACAAAUAGUGAUGGAAACACAUAUUGUAGUGGAAAUAGUGAAUAUGAAGAAGAAAGCACUUGGGAUGAUGCAGAAGAUGAUGAAAAGGGCGAACAGCUUUGUUUAACUAAUGGGGCAGGUGCAAAUGCGGCAGAUGUAAAUGGCAUAGAUCCAAAUGGGGCAGGUGCAAAUGGCGCAGAUGCAAAUGGGGCAGGUGCAAAUGGCGCAGAUGCAAAUGGCAUAGAUGCAAAUGGGGCAGGUGCAAAUGAAGAAGGAAAAAAAAGAAGACGAAAAAAAAAAAAAAAAAAAGAAGAAGAAGAUGAAGAUGAAGAAAAUGAUUUGAAAGAACUUGAAGAUAUGCUUCAUGACAAUAAUGAAAUAAAUGAUACUGAAAAUGAAUAUGAUUAUAUAAAUAUAAAAGAUGAAGAAUUAGAAGUAUUAAAUAAAAAAGAAAUAGAAACAAAAAUUGAGCAUAAAUUACAUAUAUGUGAAAAAAAAGCACCAAAUUUAAAAGUAUUCCAAGAUUAUAAUAUAAAAUUACAUGAUUAUAAAAAAAGAAGAAAAGAUGUAAAAAAAUCAAAAAAAGAAAAAGAUAAAAUAAGAAAAAUUUAUGAUAAUUUAUGUAAUAAAAGAAGAAAAGAAUUUUUAGCUGCCUUUAAUAUUAUCUCAUGUAAAUUAAAAGAAAUGUAUCAAAUGAUUGCAAUAGGGGGUGAUGCAGAAUUAGAAAUUAUUGAUUCUUCCGAAAUAUUUAAUGAAGGUAUAUUAUUUUCAGUUAGGCCACCUAAAAAAAGUUGGAAACAUAUCCAAAAUUUAUCAGGAGGAGAAAAAACUUUAAGCUCAUUAGCUUUAGUUUUUGCUUUACAUUAUUUUAAACCGAAUCCUAUUUAUUUUAUGGAUGAAAUAGAUGCAGCUUUAGAUUUUAAAAAUGUCUCAAUUAUAUCUCAUUACAUUAAAACAAAAACAAAUGAUGCUCAAUUUAUUGUUAUUUCACUUAGAAACCAAAUGUUUGAAUUAUGUGAUCGAAUGGUGGGCAUAUACAAAACAAAUGAUAUAACUAAAUGCAUAACUUUAAAUCCGUACAAAAUUCAGGAUAAUAAAAAGAGAAAGAGCGAAGUUUCCCAAGCAUAA